GUAGCGGGCAGGACCGGUGUGACAGCGCCUGAGGCCGGAGAGUGGAGCCCGGCCGCGGCGCGACCGAGAUGGAGGCCACCGCGGCACCGAGCAGGCACGCCCAGGGAUGCGCGGCGAGCCCGCCCAGCGGCCAGGAAGAGAAGAGUCCGCCAGAGAGGAGCGUCUACAUGGACUACAACGCCACCACGCCGCUGGAGCCCGCGGUGGUGCAGGCCGUGACCGAGGCCAUGCGGGAAGCCUGGGGGAACCCCAGCAGCCCCCACCCGGCAGGCAGGAAGGCCAAGGACGUCAUCAACGCAGCCCGGGAGAGCGUCGCCAAGAUGAUCGGCGCGAGCGUGCAGGACAUCGUCUUCACCUCCGGCGGCACCGAGUCCAAUAACUGGGUGCUCCAUUCCGUGGUGACGCAUUUCCACAAAACCCAUGCCUCCGAGGGGGACGUGGCCAAGCGUCCCGGCCCAGCGGAGGGGGCCAUGCCCCACAUCGUCACCUGCACUGUGGAACACGACUCCAUCCGUCUGCCCCUGGAGCGCAUGGUGGAGAGAGGAGAGGCUGAGGUCACCUUCGUGCCGGUGUCCCCGGCGAGCGGGCGAGUGGAGGCGGACGACGUCCUGGCGGCUGUCCGCCCAGCCACCUGCCUCGUGACCAUCAUGCUGGCCAACAACGAGACGGGCGUCGUCAUGCCCGUCCCCGAAAUCAGCCGGCGAGUGAGAGCCCUGAACCGGGCGCGGGCGGCCUGCGGGCGGCCUGCUGCCCUGCUGCACUCGGACGCCGCGCAGGCCCUGGGCAAGAGGCGCGUGGACGUGCAGGACCUGGACGUGGACUUGCUGACCAUCGUGGGGCACAAGUUCUACGGUCCCAGGAUCGGCGCACUUUACGUCCGAGGACUCGGGGAGCGCACCCCACUGUACCCCGUGCUGUUUGGAGGCGGACAGGAGCGGAGUUUCAGGCCGGGGACAGAGAACACCCCGAUGAUCGCCGGGCUGGGGAAGGCCGCUGAGCUGGUGACCGAGACCUGCGAGGCUGACGAGGCCCACAUGCGGGGCGUUCGCGACUACCUGGAGGAGAGGCUGUUGGCCGAAUUUGGUAAGAAGAAAAUCCAUCUGAACAGCCAGUUUCCUGGGACGGAGCGGCUCCCCAACACGUGUAACUUCUCCUUCCUGGGACCCCAGCUCCAAGGCCGCGCGGUGCUGGCGCAGUGCAGGGUGCUGCAGGCCAGCGUGGGGGCCGCCUGCCACUCGGACCACGGGGACCAGCCGUCCCCGGUGCUGCUGAGCUGCGGCAUCCCCUUCGACGUGGCGAGGAACGCGCUCCGGCUCAGCGUGGGCCGCCACACCUCGCGGGCCGAGGUGGACCUGGCGGUGCAGGACCUGAGGCAGGCUGUGGCCCGGCUGGGGGGCCUGGACGGCCCCGCGUCCGGUGUCUGAGGGGGUGCCGGGCUCCCGGCU